ACAUCCAAACCGAACACCCCGGUGUAGAAAACGAGUGCAUCUAAUGUUAGCAUUGAUUUUUAGCUUCAACUCAAAUUAACUUGUCCUGGGAAUAUUCACUUCAGUGAUUUUUGCUGCUACGUUUUUCUCAUCCUAUUAAUUCCAGAGAUAUUGAGUCGUAUGUAUGCAUGCAGAAUUAUUUAUCUGAAAAAGCACCAUUUUAUGUCUUUAUAUGCGUCUGACCUUUCCUAGCCAAAGCUAGCUCGAUGCUAUCCUGUCGUCAGUGUUAGCCAGUUAGCUCCCUGUUUCUCUCCUCUCUCUACUCUCUGCUUGUGUUGCGUUCAUGAUGGAAGACGAAACCUUUACUGACAUUAGUGGCAAAGCCAUCUCUCUGAGCUGUCAGGAUCACUCCAGCCUCUGCAAGGAGUUCGUUGUCAGCGUCCCUAAAGUGUCCAUCGGGAAGGUGAUGGUGUACACCUGCUGUGUUUGGCUUUUGGCAUACGUUGUGUUCUUCUUCACAGAGAACACAGCCGUUCUGUCCAGUGCUAUAUUCAUCACUCUGGUUGGCAUGAUGCUUCACAUCCACUUUGUGAAGGUCGACCACGAGACCUUGCUCUUCAUCGGCUCCUUAGGCAUCCAGCUGUCUUCCAGCUACGCGUCGGGCCGUGAGACCACCACGUUCAUUGAGAUGGGCAAAAUCAAGGAUAUUGUCAUCAAUGAAGCUAUUUACAUGCAUCAAAUCAUCUACUACCUGUGUGUGCUGUUGAAGGACCCUUCAGAGCCUAAUGCAGUGGCGCGUGUUGUGCCAUUGUUUCAGAGUUCAAAGCCAAGGCUGAACUGCUUGGUGAAAGUUUACAAAAGCUGUCAGGAGAUUCUUUCAAAGUGCUGAUGACCCACGUGACAUACAUUUUCAUGUUUCUUGUCAUGCAGUAUGCUUUUAUUAUUUUUUGAUGAGUAGUUUUUCUUCUCCUUUAUUCCUUUGCAAAGUGUAUUUUUCAUGUUUCUUCCCUUUGUGAAUGUGAACGUUAUAUAUUGAAUUCAAAGUGCUGCCAUGUUAUAAACACCAAUUGUAGUUUCAUAGUGAUAUUAUGUCGCACUUUGUUGUGUAGUUACUGAAACCAUUUUAGAAAAAUGGCAAUAUGCUACUAUUUUGAACCUAAAGAGCCAAUCCCUUUUAACUGACAUUGUUGUAAAAAAAAAUCUUUGAUAAUUUAACAUUUUUACUUAUUUAUACAUUUUGAUUUUGAUUGACUUAUGAUGCCAGUGUCUGUAUUUUUCAAGCAUUUACACACUGUAUUUUUUAUUAAAUGAA